AUGGACCCUGUCAAAGCAAAAUGCCCUCAAAGCAAUGAUUAUAUAAAGAGCUGGAAGCAGCACAUAAGCCAGGAAAACCACAUUCCCAACACCUAUAGAAACUUGCAUUUCUCGGGUCCGUCUUUCAUAGCCUCUUCCAUGGGGCAAUACAUGAAGAGUCUAGCUAUGCUAUGGCCAUGGCUCGCGAUUGCAAUCUGCGCCAUGACCUCCAAUGUUCUAGCAGUUGACCAUUUUUUUGAUUCCUACGCCCCACCACCUUACUAUUACACAUCACCGCCACCGCCAUCUCCGCCACCACCUCCACCUUACUACUACAAAUCUCCACCCCCUCCAUCACCGCCACCACCUUAUAUUUACAAUUCACCGCCGCCACCAUCUCCGUCACCGCCUCCUCCAUACUACUACAAUUCACCGCCACCGCCAUCUCCGUCUCCACCUCCUCCAUACUACUACAAAUCGCCGCCACCUCCCUCACCAUCACCCCCACCACCAUACUACUAUAAAUCCCCACCCCCGCCAUCUCCAUCCCCACCUCCUCCAUACUACUACAAUUCACCCCCGCCUCCAUCUCCGUCGCCUCCUCCACCAUACUACUACAACUCCCCACCUCCGCCAUCUCCAUCGCCACCUCCUCCCUACUAUUACAAAUCUCCUCCACCUCCAUCCCCAUCACCACCUCCUCCAUACUACUACAAUUCACCACCACCUCCAUCUCCCUCGCCUCCUCCACCAUACUACUACAAAUCCCCACCUCCACCAUCUCCAUCACCACCUCCUCCCUACUAUUACAAAUCUCCUCCACCUCCAUCCCCAUCACCACCUCCUCCAUACUACUACAAUUCACCACCACCUCCAUCUCCCUCGCCUCCUCCACCAUACUACUACAAAUCCCCACCUCCACCAUCUCCAUCACCACCUCCUCCCUACUAUUACAAAUCUCCUCCACCUCCAUCCCCAUCACCUCCUCCUCCCUACUACUACACGUCGCCACCUCCUCCAUCACCAUCACCAUCACCCCCUCCCCCUUACUAUUAA